GGGGGGAAUUAUUUGUGAAGGUGUGGGGGGCUGUAGGUUUGGAGUCUGGAGGAGGGGGUGUCCCCGCACACCCUGGCAGGAUAUGGGGUACUGUGGGUCAGGAGUGAGGGGCAAAAGCAGGGCAGGGGGGAUGAGGGACAACAAGCAAAGCCCUCUGCACCAUCCCCUCCUCCUUGGGAGAGGGGCGAAGCUCUUGCGUUCACUGCGGAUUGCCCACCCUCGCUUUCCAUAGCCGCGGUGGCUCCUGGGAGAUGUAGGCGCGGGGUUGGGGCUGGAACUACAGCUCCCAGUAGGCGGCGCGCAUGCGCUCUGCACGGGGAGGGAGCGCAGGUUGGAGUGCAAGGGCGGUAACCCCUCGGCUCUUGGAUUUCCGGGGGGGGGGGUCAAAGGGCAUGAACCAACGCACCCCAGACAUCGAGCGGUCUGAAGAGCAAGAUGUUUUCCUUCCAGCUGUCAAAUUCGUACCUAUCUCGAUGCUGAAACAGAAUGGGCUGUUGCAGGCUCUGUCAGAAGAAGCCAGUGGACUUACAGAAGCUGACCCCAGCGAAGAGGUGCUGCGGGCCCAGGAAGAAUGGGAGGCUUUGGAAGCUAUCCAGUCAGGGACGGUGGACAAUUCAGCAAGUCCUGUCACCCUGAUCUCCUUCAACGAAGCGCUGCAGUACUUCCAGACGGCCGACCUCACUGAGUGCCGGAAAAGAAUCCAGCCAACACUGCAAAGGCGAGGGCUGUCUGCUGUGGUCCACUUCUUCUUAACACUGCAAAGGCGAGGGCUGUCUGCUGUGGGCCACUGCUUCUGUGGCCCACCACGCCUCCAUCAGCAGCUGCAAGCUGAGCGGGACUUGGCUUUUGCGAUUGCCCAGUGUGGCUUGGAUAAUAAUGAGAAGGUGCAUAUGAGGAUCCUGCAAACUAUCUACAAGAAGCUGACAGGCUCCAGAUUUGGUUGUCCAUGCUAUGGAGCCCACUGGGAGGAGCUCGGCUUUCAGGGUCUGGAUCCUGGGACAGACCUGCGUGGGACAGGCAUGCUCAGCUUGAUGCAAGUCUUGUACUUUGUAAUGGACCCUCAGACAUUCUUGCUUGCCCAAGACAUUUUCAAGCUGUCUCAACACAGUAUGCAGGCAUGUCCCUUCCUUUACCUCUGGGUGGGUAUUUAUUUAAUUGUUAUAAGCCUCAGGGAAGGGUAUUCUGCUGGGCUCAGAGGAGAAGCGGAGGUGGGCCUAAGCACCCCUGUCUUUGUCCCUUGCAGGGAGUGCAACCGCAGGCAUCAGGUCAUCGCUGUGCUGAACGAUUUAUAUGUGGCCAUAUUCCUGCACCUCUACUACACCUGGAAAACCCAGCACAAAACCAUUUCUGACUCUGGCUUUGUCCUGAAAGAACUGGAGGCAUUUGCCAAAAAGAAACCAAGGCAGCUCCUGAAGUAUUUGGAAGCCUACAUGAGUGGAAACACUGAGUCAAUAAUGGAAGAUGGUUUCCAGCACUUUUCCGCUUCCUCCAGCACACACAGACUCACCCAUUACUCUGCUGGCAGCAGCAGCGGCAACAAAGAACUAAAUUUUACUGGUGUGUGCGACCUGCAUGUUGAGAUGGAAGGAGAAGCCCGGCUGAUCUGAAAGCGAGCAGUCUCUGAUAACUGGGAAGGUCUUAGUAAGGCACUGGUAGACAUGCCUGUCAGCCUGUUUUGUCAGAGGCCAGUAAGCCAGCCAGUCUGUUUAUAGGAGCCUCUGAAGGGCUGUGGCAUGAGAGGUGGGUCUAGAAUAAACCCAGAGCAGUGCUUCUCGCAGAGUCAGAGCUGCUAGGUCAGAUGUAGUGAAGCUGGUAGAGCAAAACCUUGGGGCACCUGCUUUACUGUAAACACAACGAAGGUGGGGGAACAAAUGGCUCUGACAGUGACAGGCUUUGGCCCUAUCUCUACUGAAGUGUGGGUUGAAUGGGAGGGCCUUACGCAUGCUGAAAAUAAGCAGCUUGCCCCAAGACCCAAGGGCUUUGGUUUGUUAAGAGUCAUUUACUGCCAAGCCCUGAGGGAGAUGAGUCCUGUUAUGCUAAAGUAGAUGGUAAACUGGUGAAAAGUUUGGGUUUAUUCCAGUCGUUGAAAUUCGCAGGGCCAAGUUCUCCACAUGGAGACACAUGCUAAGGAGUUGACUCCUUGCUUGUGUAACAUUAACCACUAGAUGUGGGCUGGAAUUGGGGUCCAUCUUGUUAUCCUAGAUAUGCCUGUGGUCCCCAUUACCAGAGCAACUAAGUACCUCACCCUCUUGGAGGUGGCUAUACCUUCAGCCCCAUUGUCAGUAGGACAAUGCUAAUAUUUCCAUUUGAAAGGUGGGGAACAGGUCUCAGAGAGCUGAAGUGACUUGUUCUGGAUCAUGCAGGAGGUCUGUGGCAAGGCAUUGAACCCAUGUCCUUAGUUCAAGUCUAGUGUCUGAACCACUAGACUGUAGGGUCUGUAUUGUACAUCACAGUGAUAGGUUCUUCUUUUACAGCAUGCAGCUAAAUGUGAUAGUUGAAAAAUUCAGGGUGCCUGGGCUUUUUGCUAGGGGUACUGCCAUUCAUAAACCCCCUCUUCUCAUUCAGUGCCUCCCUACAGGUUUCUUUAGCCAGAGCCUUCAUAAAGUUUAAAGUGAUAGAGAAAUGCUGUUGAUACUCUACACAGGUAAAAGGCCCAUCUGCAGUACAGCCUCCAGGAGCAUUAAGAGAACAGCAUCACUCCUGGCUUAUAAAUGCAUCCAUCUCCAACUCUAGAGUGGAAAAGUAGGCCUGCACAGCUUGCUUAGGGCAGCUCACCAGUGUUCUGGAGGGUAGGAGUGAGGGACUGAGACACAGGCAUCAUCAUUAACACUAGGUAUCUGGCUGCAAGGGAUUUUCCCCUAUUGUCAUGCUCACAAAUCCUUGCAAUUUUCCAGUGAGUCUGAAUUUUUCCUGGCUGGUUCUGAGCUCAAAGGCAGCUGAGGUUUUUGUUGUAGGAGGCUUCAGCAAAUUCCUGUUCAAAUAUUGCUGAAUUAUUGAUGCAGAAGAGAGAAACUGGUAGCUUUCAGCUGUAUUCUUGUUCUCCUCCCAAAAAUCAGUGCCCCUGAUGUUGCUAGCUCUUGGUAUUUCUAUCACAGGCUAUGCAAUACUUGGCAUUUUACCUAAGCUGUUACUAGCCAUUAAGGAUGGGAUUUGGAUGUUCAACUCCUCUUGAGAAUCCUAUAUACAUUCUUAGGUGCCUUAGUACCUUUUAAGAACUGGCCUCUAAUGACUUGCUUGAGGUCACACAGGAGUGGGUGGCUUUGAUUUAUUGGUGGUCUUAAAGUUCCCUGCAGGGGGAAGAAUUCUGAUGGCAGAAGGCUUUUUAGUUGAAAGAUCCAGUUUUAGGGAGGUGGAGUCUUACUCUGAAAAUAAGGUGCAGGUUCACAGCAGCAGGUUAAGUCUAGUGGAGAGGGUUAAAUGGAUAACAGAUAACCAGUGGAAUAGCUGCCCAGGGGAAUUGGUGAACCCAGAAUGUCUUUGUAAGAGUUGCGUGUACUACAGAUAGUAGUACAUGUAAGUACUGUAAGAGUACAGGGGCUGGGUGCAGGUAGCCAUAUGUACACAGGGAGCAAAGCAAAGCAGCUGUAGCUCAACCAUGAGCAGUUGGUGUUGAUGUACUGUUUGGCCUAGUAGAGAAAAUAUUCCAUCCACGGCAGGAAUUCCAGAGGAGGGGAGAUACUGCAUUCCUGUAUAGCCUUAAAGAUUAUGACAAGGGUGUGUGAGCAGCUUAAUUUAAUGAAUGUGUUUUGCAGUACAUUUUAAGAGGGCAGACGCUUUCACCUACCCACCAGCAGGGCAUGUUUUCCUACAGAGAUGUAAGCUCUGGGUGGUAGGAGUUUGCUUUCACCUUCUGCUUGGUAGCAGUGAAGUAUGUGCCUGUGUGUUGGAGACAUGGUCCCCAGCUGGGGCUUUGUCCAGCAGGAGUCUUUUCCUUGUAACCGAGAGCGUUGCCCUUUGGGUCACUGCAGCACAUACAGCAUAAAUGUAGAAGGUAGUGGAGAGUGGGAACCUUGUACCACUACAUUGUAACCAUAUGCGUCUGUACCCCAGCUGCUGCCACACAGGCACUUUACAAUAAAAUCUUGAG